GACACGGCUUUGGAGCCUCUCUUGCUGGAAGUGACCAAGUGCAGUGCCACCAGGACCCCUGCCCAUAUGAUGGCCGACACAGAGGCCAAGCGCAGGGAGUUGGGCUCCAACAGAAAGAGGUUGCCGAGAUACAACAACCCUUCGGUGACCUUUGCGGAUGUGGCGAUAUAUUUCACUGAGGACGAAUGGAAACUGUUGUCGAAGAAGCAGCGACUUAUGUACAAUUAUAUAAUGAUGGAGAAUUAUGGGAAUGUGACCUCUGUCGAAGAAUUUGUCAUUCAUGAGAGAGUCCACACAAGAAAGAAGUCACAUAGAUGCCA